UCUAUUUUGUAGCUCAUCUGUGCCCAUGCAUUUCUGGAAUUGCUCGGUGGGAAGUGAAAAAAAAAUGGCGAAGGUUUACGUGUAAAGACGAUCGUCAACACGGAUGACAGCGUUGACAGAAACUAAUGAAAUUGGCUAACGUCAAACGUAAAGAACGUUAUGUAUGAAAAAUGCUCCCUUUAGUUAGUACCGUCUCGGUACAUUUCAUGUGAUUGCGUACAACGUUUUAUACAAGUGUUUAAUUGCGCGAUAAAAACGAAAGAACAAACGGAGAACCAUAAGAUCCAGUGGUUGCGAAACGUCACGAAUCACAACACGGAACGGGCCACUUUAAGGCAAGACGUUCCAUCUCGUUCUUAAGGAAUCUCCGAUCACGUAAAAAUAGUGAUAAUGCGAAUGACUAUGUAUCACGGGAUUCAGCAGUUGUUCGCUGUGGAAUCGCGAUGACCUGAUUUAAUCUUAUCAUUCUAAAAGUGUAUCCUAAUCUCGAAUCGUGUAUCGUGCAAGGUUAUGUGUAGUUAUGCGUCUGACAUUUAGAUCUUUUACGAAUGUUCAUCAAGGAUCUUUUAAUCGUGUUUGGAAAUUAGUGUGACAUAAAGUCACGAUUAAUUUUAUGCCGUGUAAAGAGAGUGCAAUUCAUAUUAUCUAACGAUGGCUUGCUACUCAAACUGUUUUUAAACGAUCUUCGAAUACCAUUCGAAGUAAAAUUGAAGUACAAACUGCUGAGAGUUGAGUAUAUUACAAAUGAGUCAAGUAGAAAUGGAUCAGGAAACAGUGUAUGGGACCCAUGAGGACAGCCAUGUGGUCAUGUCAGAGAAAGUACAGUCUAUGGCUGGUAGUAUUUAUCAAGAAUUUGAAAAGAUGAUAGCACGUUAUGAUGAGGAUGUGGUCAAAGACCUAAUGCCUCUCCUAGUCAAUGUUCUAGAAUGUCUAGACAUAUCUUAUAUCGAAAAUCAAGAUCGUGAAGUUGAAUUAGAAUUGUUAAGGGAAGAUAAUGAGCAGCUUGUAACACAAUAUGAAAGGGAAAAGCAAUUAAGAAAAGCAUCUGAUCAGAAAUUGUUUGAGCUCGAAGAUGUUGCAGAAGAUGAAAGAAAAGAACUUCUAGCAAAGAUUGAUAGCUUGGAGUCGAUAGUAAGGAUGCUGGAACUGAAGACAAAAAAUUCACAUGAUCACGGUACAAAUGCCAAUGGUUCUCUCAGACCAUCCCUUCACAAAACAUCCCGUUACAUUGUUCGUCUUGAAGAGAAAGAAGCAGAAAUGAAACGCGAAUAUACUCGUCUGCAUGAGAGGUAUACAGAGUUGUUUAAAACCCACGUAGAUUAUAUGGAAAGAACAAAGAUGUUAGUUGGAAGUACAGAAAGAUUAGAAAAUGCAACUAGCGGUCGUGGUCCAUCUCGUUUGCCAUCCCUUGGUCUAGCUCACAUGUCUCGAAGUUCUGGGCCAUUGAGUUAUGGUUUUCAGAGCUUAGAAGCUAGUAUAAACGCGGAAGAUUUCCAAGAAGAAAGCCCACCAAAUGCUGCUAACUUAAAAACAGAGAUGUUGGAUAAUAGUAGCGAAGCUACAGUUGAAACAUCCGAUAAGAGUCAAUUAACGGAUAAACCAGUAAAAGCAAAUAAAACAACGGCAAUCUCUAGACACGAAAGUCCCGAAACCGAAGCACCUCCAUUGUUGGCUACACCAACAUCACCAACUGUAGAAAAAUUAGCUACUACUCCAGGUGGGAGGAGUAGAACGGAAAGAGAACAACGAAGUGGUAAUACACUAUAUCAGGAACUUAGUUUUCAAGAUGCUGAUGCAUUGAGUGAAAUGGACGAAGGAGCGGACAUUACUGGUAGUUGGGUUCAUCCUGGAGAAUAUGCAUCAUCAAUUAAUGACAACUUCUUCGGAAUGGGCAAAGAGGUGGAGAAUCUCAUUAUGGAAAACAAUGAGCUUCUGGCCACGAAAAAUGCGCUUAAUAUUGUUAAAGAUGAUUUAAUUAUCAAAGUCGAUGAACUGACAAGUGAACAAGAAAUAUUGCGCGAAGAAGUGCGAGGUUUACAACAACUUAGAGAACGUCUGCGGCAAAGAAUCCAAGCUCUUGAAGAUGAACUGAAGAAAGUGAAAGAAGAAGCUGAAGCAGCAGCGAAAGCAGCCAAGAGCGACGACGAAGAAGAUGUACCACUAGCACAAAGAAAAAGAUUUACUAGACUAGAAAUGGCUAGAGUGCUUAUGGAGAGAAAUCAGUAUAAAGAACAAUUCAUGGAACUUCAAGAAGCUGUUAGAUGGACUGAACUGAUAAGGGCCAGCAAAACUGAUCCUGCUAGUAUAUCAGGGGGCAAAGGUUCGGUGUGGAAGUUUUUUAGUAGUCUUUUUACACCCGCGGAUCGGGGAGCCUUGGUUCGCGGACCACACACAUUACCUCAUAUUAGGUAUAGUGCACCAACAAAUCAAGUUGUCCCAGCAUCAUCUUGGGGCACCAUGCGUAGACGUACGUUGAAAGGUCGCCAUGAGUUUCUCGACCAGGGAGACACCAUAUCUUCUGAAAAACUUGUUGCCAGACGAGCAAAUGAACGUAGAGAACAAUAUCGUCAAGUUCGGGCGCAUGUUAGAAAAGAAGAUGGCAGAUUACAAGCCUAUGGUUGGAGUUUACCGGGCAAACCAAGUGCUCCUGUUAGACAACCCGUUCCCGUGCCAGUCUACUGCAGGCCUUUACAGGAGUCAGAACCUGGCAUGAAGAUAUGGUGUGGCGCUGGUGUAAAUUUAAGCGGUGGUAAAACAAGAGACGGUGGUUGUAUGAUUGGUGGUAGCGUGUUCUACGCAGCUGAAGCUCAAGAAGUAAGUACCAAUUCAAAAGCUGACGCCGAAGAUGCUAUCGAGCAUUUGGAUAAGGAGAUUCAGGAAAAUGAGAAUCAGAGGGUAGAAGCGGAACAAUUAGAACAACAACUUAGCUCAUUGGUUUGGAUCUGCACUUCAACUCAGAAGAUGUCGAAAGUUACUGUGAUAGAUGCUAAUAAUCCAGCCGAUAUUUUGGAAGUCUUUAACGUUUGUCAAGGACAUUUACUUUGCAUCGCAAGUGUACCUGGAGCCAAAGAAAGUGAUUAUGUUCAAGCAGUGAAUGAAGAGCCGGCCCGAACUGCUAACGGGGUGAAUGACAAUGAGGGUCACGAGGAGACGGUCGAUCAGAAUAAUCAGAAGAAUAAGCAAGAAACUCAAUCGGAAAAGAGUAAAACUGAAUCCGACAGUAUGUCAGAGGAUCAGAACAACGAAAAUACCGAGAAGUCGGACGAUACUAAUCAGAACGUUACUACCGAGCCACAAAGUUUAGAAACUGUAGAUGGUGAGACCAUGAAUUUAGGGAAAGUACACUUUGUAAAAGUUAAUGUAGAUGUACCACCGUUACGAUUGAAUGAAAAAGAAGAUACGACCGAAGAAAAACAGCCUGAAGCGAUUGAAGAAGGUACACCUAUAGAAAAGAUGUCUUCGAUACAACCGACAAUGUGGCUCGGAGCUCAGAAUGGUGCGGUAUUUGUUCAUUCCGCUGUUGCUAAGUGGUCAGUUUGCUUGCAUUCGGUCAAAUUGAAAGAUGCUGCACUGGCGAUCGUACACGUACAAGGACGAGUUCUUGUCGCUCUCGCCGAUGGGACUGUUGCAUUAUUUCGAAGAGGUGCAGACGGACAAUGGGAUUUAUCUCAAUACCACGUAAUUACCUUGGGUAGUCCACAACAUUCAAUCCGGUGCAUGACUGCUGUCAGCGGUAGAACUGUAUGGUGCGGAUAUAGAAAUAAAAUUCAUGUUAUUGAUCCAGUUUUAAUGACGGUCGAGUGUACCGUAGAUGCCCAUCCACGUCGAGAAUCACAAGUGAGGCAAUUAGCUUGGUUAGGCGAAGGAGUGUGGGUCAGUAUUAGAUUAGACUCGACGCUUAGACUAUACCAUGCCCAUACUUAUCAACAUCUUCAAGACGUCGAUAUUGAGCCUUACGUUAGCAAAAUGCUCGGGACUGGGAAACUUGGUUUUUCUUUCGUAAGAAUUACCGCCUUACUCAUUUCAUCGAAUAGGUUAUGGAUUGGAACAGGAAACGGAGUAAUAAUUUCAGUUCCUCUGGCUGAAGGUGCUCGAAAUUCAAUGGCAGUGUCCAGAGUUCAAGCAACAAGCGGGAAAGGUGAUGCACCAGGAGUUGGUGUUAGAAUCUUCGCAUCAGAUCAUGGUGUUACACUCGGAAGUUUUAUACCUUACUGUAGCAUGGCUCAUGCUCAACUUAGUUUUCAUGGACAUAGAGAUGCGGUGAAGAUGUUCGUUGCAGUGCCUGGUCAUGGUGGCCAAAGUGCAGUAUCCGAUUCUUCCCAACCAGCCAUGCUUGUUCUAUCUGGAGGCGAAGGGUAUAUAGACUUUAGAGUUGGUGAUGGCGAAGAUACGGAAGAAAGUAUGGAACAUUCUAACAGUGCCGUGUCAGCGAACGCCGAAGAGCACGGAGAACAAAGUCAUUUGAUCGUGUGGCAGGUGCAAUGCCCUUUACCAGCGCCAAUGAAUGACUAGCCCAGACAUUUUGGAAACGCGCUGAUCCCGGUGUAUGGCCGAGCUUAAAUUUCCCUACACGCGAACCAGAGGUUUAGCGUGGUUUCCAUUCAGUGUUGUCGAGGCACCGAUAAAAUCACCAAUUCUUAGCCUGUGGUCAAACGAAUGCUCUAUCUAUUUAAUUAUACGUAUAAUAAAAAUUGUAGCGCGGUACGCUAACGAUUCUACAAAUCAUGUAACAGCGACGGAGGAAACGUUGUAAUGACUUUUAACCAUUUUACGGAUCGUUUUUGGUAUUUCUUUGUGGAUCGGUGAAAACAUUUUGCCAAAUGUAACUAAUUUGUUAGGUGCUCGGUGCUCAUUGGGGAAUUUUUUUAACCAAAAGACGUAACUAGAAUCUCUUAACUCGAUGCUUAUAAUCUUUAGCUUGAAACUUCUAAAACGGUUCUUCAAGGUACUCUAUGCUAACGUAUUAAUUUUCAUUGAAGAUCAUGCAUGUCUUCGCGCGUCCAACGUCUCGGAAAACGAGAACGUUCGUUUUGAUGUUAGGUACCGUAAUUUCGUGCGCGAAACAGCUUUUUAUUUGAGGGUCAACAAGAGUGGCAGAACAAGUCAAAAAUUUGGGACAACGAUCGAUGAGUUUUGCUUCGUCUAUAUUAUUCUGCAGGGGUAGACAAGGACAACAGAUAAGAUAACAUGGCUGCUGUAUCUGUCGCUCCUCUACAAAACAAUGCAUGAAAGGCAAAGAUCGCCAAUUCUUGUUCGGAGUUAAGGUCUCCAAUAUUGGGCCCGUACUGUCACUGUUGAUACGUCCUGGAGUUGAUCGAGCAACACUCAAGAAAAUAGUGUUGUAUUUCCGCCAAUCAUUGUGCUAAUCGAUGCAGAUGCGAGACAAUGAGUUUUCGAUGCUGCCGUGACAUUUGCUACCUAGUUGCAGUAAGAUCAAGAUUACCGUCAGUGAUACACGAACUUUUGUACAUGUUCAUUUGCAGGGUGCAACCAAGUCGGGUAGUGAUUAGGAAUAAUUUAUUGUACAUUGUUUGUUUAGAGAAUAUAUUUAUGUUUUACAAAUAUAAGUGAUUUGAUUCGCGUAA